ACAGCAGCGCCCGAUUGGUGGAAGUGGAGGGGUCAAAGGCGCGGAGCGUGCGAGCAUGCGCAGAGGCGUCUGAAGAUGGCGGACAAAGAGAAGAAGAAGAAGGAGAGCAUAUUUGACCUGUCAAAGUACAUUGACAAACCCAUCCGAGUAAAGUUCCAAGGUGGACGUGAGGCAAGUGGUGUCCUAAAGGGUUUUGAUCCUCUGCUGAACCUGGUGUUAGAUGGCACAAUUGAAUACAUGCGUGACCCCGAUGACCAGUACAAGCUGACGGAGGACACCAGACAGCUCGGCCUGGUGGUCUGUCGAGGGACAGCGGUUGUGUUGAUCUGUCCGCAGGACGGCAUGGAGGCCAUUCCAAACCCCUUCAUCCAGCAGCAGGACGGCUAACACACACGCCCUCUCACCCUGCACACGUUCAGAUUAUGUGGCUCUUUUCUUAAGAAGUUUGUUUAGUAGUUGUUUUUUUGUUUCAGUGGACUGGACCUUCUGUCGGGAGAUGAUUUAGUUUUGUCCCAUUUCUAACGGUGAAUGAUGAAACCGUUCCGAGUCAUUUUCUUUGUGUCUAAGAGCACGAUGUACUAACCUCAUAUUUUUAGUAAUUGUUUUAAUAUUAAAAUUGGACAUUCGUAAAAUGUU